GGACGUCUCAAGGCGCUGACUGCCAGCUCGGCUGUUUCGAUUCGCCUCCUCAACCUCAACCUCGCAACGCAACUUCGCAACAAGCACGCCUUCCUUCCUCCCCGCCGCCACCACCGCCCCGAAUGUCCGCUCGCGGCUCUGGGUCGCUUCUCUUGCCCCUGCUCGCCAUCCCUCGCCCGCCUCGCUUUUGUACCCUCGUCCCCCGCGCUCUCGACAAUCCCACGCCGGCUCCGCUGGCGGCGCAAGCAUGUCCGACUCCGAGGUCGAAGAGAUAUCCAACCCGUCCCGCCCUCGUGCCCACGCUACCCCAAAUGCCCGGAAUGCCCGAGACGAUGAACUUGUUCACAUAGAGCUAGCCACCUCGUCACCACCUGCACGUCAGCAGAGGUCACCGCCAGUGACUAUCGAGGACGACGACGAUGACGACGAGGACGAUAAUGACGACGAGGAGGAGCAAUCGCUUUUUGUCAGCCAAAAUCCCUCGCCGGUCCCAGAACGUGCGGCCCCAGAGCGUGCGGCCCCAGAGCGUGCGGCUCCAGAGCGUGCGUUUCCAGAUCGGGAGCGUCUGAGGGAGGCAGGACGCUCUUUGCUCCGCAUGGACGGGAAUGACCGUGGACGGAGGAUUAUGGAACGUCGCCGGCAGGAGUUCAUUAGGCGUGAACGUGAAUUUGAACAGCGCCAGCAACAGCCGGCCAACGACUUCAUCGACCUGACCGCAGAACCAGACAGCCCCGACUACUCCCGACUUGUGUUUCCUCCCAUGCAUCUCCCUCGCAACGACCAGCCCAGAAACGCCGGCUUCCUCGACCAGGUUCCCGCCCAGAACGCGCGGGCGGCGUCGAGAAACCCUAGGAGGCAGGCAGGACUUACGCGGACCCCUUCUCUCGCCCGCAGCGAUGCUAGUAUCAAUGGCGGUCGUGGGCGAGGAGGUGGAGGGGGCAACAUCCCAAUGAUAGAUCUUACCGACGAUGGCCCGGAGCCCGUCGCUGCGCCUCAGCCACAGCCCGCGCAGCUCCACGCUGCUGCCAACCACCCCAAUAACCCCUUGAACUGGGAUGCGUUCCCCCAUCUGCAUCGCCCUGGCCCCCGAGCUGAUGCGCAGAUUCCAUUGGCCCAUGCCUUUGGCAUUGGCCAGCAUAUCAGAGGGCACCUCCACCAGCUGACUGCUGCUAUGCUUGGCAACGCCAACAGGCAAGCCGGCGUGGCGGCGGCUGACCCGCAAGCCGACCAGCCCAAUCUACGCGAUGUCUUGGGCCUUAUCCAUCUUGAUCUCGACUAUGGUGGUGGCAUCCCCCCCGAAUUCUGGGAACCCCAUCCUCGACAGGAGCCCCAGAAGCCGGUUUAUGUUCCUCCGAAGGAGGCCAUGGAAGGCUGUACUCGCAGCACCGGCGAGGAUGUUUUCGUCAUAUGUCCCAGCUGCAAGGAGGAGCUGGUUUACGACCCGGACGAGAAGUCCGACACGCCGCCUCCGGCAAAGAGGCAAAGGACGAAGAAAGACCGCGCUGAGCACCACUUUAUGGCCGUCAAGGCCUGUGGACAUGUCUUCUGUCACAAGUGCUACGCAGAUCGCAAACAAAAGUCCAAGGACAACAAGCUCUCGGAGAGCGACUCCGGAUUCCGACCGGGCCCUAAUAGCAAGACGAGCGUCAUGUGCGCAGUUGAAGGCUGCAACUCGGAGGUCGGCUCAAAGACCGCCUGGCUGGGAAUCUUCAUCUAGCACUUUGGCUUGGGUUGCAACGAUGGGGUUCAUGUGUCCUUCGCGGCGGAACACGAGCCUCGCAGCACCAAUAGUGAGAGGCUGGUGCGGCCCUCGAGCAGUUUCUCGGUUGGACGACCGAAGCUGCACGACCCUGCUCGUCUAUUUUUCUCGUCUCGCUCACUUUCUGCUUUGGGACACGUGCCAUCUAAACAAAUACCCCUGGUGCACGGAAUCAUAAUCGUUUGGUAUCAACGAUGGCGUUGAAAGGCUGCCUAGGAUAGGCAAGGCGCACCGGCAUAGAAGGUUUGCUUUUUUUCUCCGUCGGCUUACUGAUUUUUCUUUUUUCCGCCCAUUUGCGCCGGGUUUUCUGCUUCGUCUAGGGUCGAUAAAGGGUCGAAAUAUUCUUAUCAUUUUCUGUCUUGUAUCCACGAGGUCACCCAGCGGCCUGGAUUUUGCGGUCUUACCCUCUUUGUCCUCCCAAACCAGUCGUUGGGACAAGGCGUCUCUGCACCCCGAGUUUUUUCAAGGUCACCCGAGUUCGCGCAUAGCAUUUGAGUUGGCUUGGUUUUAUACCUCGAAGGGAUCCCGCGGGGCGCUAUGCUUUUUUUCUUUCUUUUUUUACCCUCAACUCUCAACCAUCACGAUGUCAUGACUUGUUCUGAGAGGCGGUCUAUGGAUGGAAUCUAGGUCUGGUUGGAGAAGGGCUUGGCGUAAUCCAAAUACUUAUUCCAUUCAAUACCUAUUAUAAGUCAUGGCGGAAAAAAAUACUCUAAACUCCAGGCUAAGCAGUUCUGGGUAAUUAGAGGCGCG